CAUCUUCUUCCUUGCUAUCACUAUGUCCUAGAACUCAAAAAUACUUGCACUAUCCUACUUUGGGACCAUCUGAGGGCAAUCUCAAGGCUGCGACGAGGUAGCUUGCGAAAUAGGGACCGUCUAAUCGCAGGGACACUGGGUUAGGCACGUACGGUUCUCAUCCAGCUCCCACUGAGUACUAAGCAAGAACUAGGUUUUUGUUGUUAACCUCGACUACAUUGAGUAUGGAGAGGUGCCCUCCAGAGAUCCAUGCACGGAUCUUUCAAUACUCCUGCAUGAACGAUGGCACCACGGGCUGUGCCUUGUCCCUCGUAUCUCGUUACAUUCGCGAAGUAUCAUACCCGUACCAAUGGCAAUGCAUUAGCCUCGCCGGUUUCAAGCGUGUCCUACAGCUAGCGAGGGAGAUGCGAGGAGCGUCGGGCAGAAGACCCAUUUACCAUCUGUUCCUUUGCGAUCGAUAUUCACCUCCGCCAGAUUGUUUUCCGCACCCAGACGAUCAGACAGCAUACGACCUCGAUUUAUUGCCCGCUCUGUCCACAAUCCUCGAGUACGCCUCGCAAACUCUUGAAACCUUGGUUUUUUUCUCCGAUACCUGCUUCUACAACGGCGCGAUUGGAGUGCGCCACCUACUCUCGUUCCCGUAUCCCCACUUGCGCGAGCUCACCGUCCGAGCCUGCUGCACACCUCGUCAGCUUGCCAGCCCUCGCCCAGGAGAUGUACUACCAUCUUAUACCCCACGCCUCGAGCGACUUCAUCUCGCACUGCCUUAUCACGGUAUGUCGAGCGACAACCUGCAAGCGACGCACAACCUCGUGCACUCGAUCUCGCCGACAAUCUCACAUUUGCGCCUUACGAUGCUUGACAAGUGGGGGAGUAGACGAGUAGUCGAAGUUGUGCAUGCCGAGCUCGCCGCGGUGGGUAUCGUCCCCAGAGUGUUCGACUUACCUCCUCCGGACUGGGACAGCCCUUCGACCGCAAUUGCGCUUCCUGUCACCUGGGACCGCCUACUUCCCGACGGUUUGCGCUUCUUUGCAAUUCAGCCAAGUCCGACUUCAACGUUCUAUUGCUCAUGCUGCAUGGAUUUGCGUGGUGACGUUGAUGUCAUGCGGAUACUGGAACGUAUAUCUGUCGUCGCCAAUAAGGAUCGGUUUGCAUACAUGGACCGGCGUCCGAUAGCAGUCAGAAGAUGCCACACUGAUCCAAUGGAGGUGGCCGGCUACGGAUAUGUGGAGGCUCGAAGUGAUUGGGUCGAAAGAGUUGGAGAUGGGCACGGUUGUUGGAAACAGAAGGAGAUCAUCAACCCAGAGGACGAGGACGCCCUCGUGGAUGGAUACCGUAGAAGCCCUUCUUCGAUCGUCUUCAUUCCGAAGUCGCCGUCUUCACGGAUAUCCAAAUUACGCAAUGCUGUUAAACGUCUGAAAGUGUGGUAGGACAGGUCUAUAUGUAUGACUUCAUCGCCACUCUUGUUGUGCUGCUUAAUGCAUGCUGCUGUAUCUUCCACGGACAAUCUGCUGUAGCUGUAUGUAUAGCCUGGUCUCUAUUUUGCCUUUCGCAUAUUUGUCGUCUCAUUCAGGACUUCGGACUACCAUGUAGUAAUAUCACUCAAGGGACCUCUAAGCCUUCUCGUCUUCGUUAGCCCAGGAAUCAGUAUCGUAGUAUUGCCUGUGGAUUCGGUGCUUAGCGGGAUUUAUGUAUAUCUCUACUCAGCCGACUCACGGAGGAAGGUCGAGCUGGGGAGGUGGUCCUUGCCAAGGCUGCCCAGGAGGAGGCAUGGGAGAAAUGACUUGCAUCGGGAACUCCAGUUUGGUAUCGUUCCCUAUGCCUGGGAAGUCGACCUUUAACUGUGCGCUAUACUACAGUGUACGUCAGUAAUCUGUAUCUCAGGUGUUAUAUCAAUCAGACUCGCCUCUACGCCCAGGGUGUCCGUGCUGAAAGACGGCGGACAAUUCAAGACGAACGCUGAUCUAAACGUCACCUCCUGCCUCCACUGGCCUUUGUGCUUUUUCUCGUCAUGAGAAUCAGGUGAAGGGAUCCAGACUUUUCGCGCAGCCUGCACUUGGAGACCGUCGUAGAAGUGCGGGUCGUCGCUUUCCCCGAGCCCACCGAGCAGACCGACUGUGCGUUCACCGCCUCCGUUCGUGUGGCCCUGCGCCUUGACAAAAACCCUGGAUUCCAUCUUGAGCUCGUACUUCUUCGGGUCUUGCGGCGGCUCAGGGAAGAUCUCAUCUUCCUCUUUGUGAUCAUCAAACUUCAUAGUCUUCGUCACAGUGACGAUGCUCAGGGUGACAGGUAUGGGCGUCAGAAUUGGGAGAACGUCCGUGUCCGGGAAGACGAGCUGUGGGCAAUCCGGGUUAGCUUACAAGUUUGCCAUAUAUCUUCGAAUAACUCACGGUUGCGUGGACCUGUGAGUAGUCACCCCAGAUUCCUCGGCGAAUCUCAUCCCUUACCUCAUAAGUCUUCCAGCCACCGUUCCAUCCUGCGCUCAACGCCGACCGCAGCCUCACGCCGCGAUCAUCGACAGGAAGGACAGGGAAAGACUGUUGAACCCUGCGAUCAAAAUGAAGGCCAUGACGCUCUCCUACCGCCUCGAGGAAAUAGCCGACCGUGCCCGACCAAUGGACGCCCGAGUACGAGCACGAGGGAGGAAGGUUGACGGGCAGACCGAAUCGGAACGGCAGCCUAAGGACAUGUGUACCUGGCUGAGGGUACACGGUCGAGCCCUUCUUCCACAGUGAGAUAUUCGCGCCGCAUAUCUCGACAUGCUGGCGAUGGUGGACGUGGCGAGGAGGCUGCCCUGGCAUUUGACGAGUAAUCUUCCUGUAAGCAGAAGUGAGAGGUGCUGUCAGUACAAAAGUGAUUGUGAACUCACGUCGCGAUGGAACCUUGUAGUUUGAUAUGGACCUCUUCGAUGUCGUCUUCUACGAGCUUAGGGAAGUAGAGGUCUACAGCACCUUCAACAAACUCUCCCGCGACGUGUAGGCGUGGGUCGAACACGAGAUUCACGGCAUCGAGCUCGUCCUUGGCCAUGAUUGGUUCGGUUGUAGUAGCAGAGGGUGUUCAAUAUGUUGGCGAACAUCACUCAAGCCCGUUGUGAUUUAUACCUGAUCGCUGCGGAGGCAGUGUUCGGUCGCCGUCUAGGGGACUACGUGAGGGUUCAAAGACUUGCUGAUGGGCUCGUGAUCAUCAAAGUGGGAGACAGCUGUGAAUCAGGGACUGUACUGUUCCCCGCGUCGU